AAUUUUGCCGUGAAUAAAAAGAAAAUAAAGAAAUUUGACAAAAUAAAACAUAUCCAAUUGUUCUAUUUCAUCAAAUUCCUUCAUUUUCUUUUACAAACCAUACAUUUUGUACACGCAAAUUUGGCCUUGAAUAACAUCAGGUUUGUUCCAACAUGAACUUUUGGACGGCCCAGAAACCGUCACGAAACUACUUGUACCGUUUGUUGUGCGCAUGUUCGUAAUUGUAUCGCCCAGUUAUCGUCCCAUGACGGUAAUCAUAUAUUUGUCAUUUUUGUUGGUGACAGCUUGUGUGCUUUUAGUCGAUCAAAGGCUCAAAAAAUUUAAAGAAUUAAAUCCUAGUGCUCAAGUCAGUCCAACCAGCACAUUAUGCAUUUGCCCGAUUACUGAAAUGAUCAUCACGAAACCGUCACCGAAAGAUCACAAUUCUUGUUGGAACAGUGGGAAGGACGAUCCGAUGACGAUCAUAUUUUUGUUGGAACGGAUUUUCUUUACUGCGCAGGAGCGUUACCGUUUCGUGACGGUUCUCGGUCGUGUUGGAACAAACCUUUUGUCAAUUUCUUAUUCAAUUUAUUGCUGAUGUAAAGUGGACUUUAGAACCUGUUACUGGCGAAUGCACUCCUAUGCAAGCCAAUACAAAGGAAGAAGAAGAAAUCGCAACUGUCUACUGUCUUCAGUCUUCGCCUUUGUCUUCAACUUCACGCGCAACUUUGAUAGAGGAGAAUUAUAAAAAAUUAUGCAUUGAAAUAAUAUUUAUUGAAAUCCAUAUCCCCUAAUUUUUGGAGUAUGAUAAAGUACCGUUCAUGGAGACUAUUUAAUAACAUGGAUAUAAAACAAGAAACUAGUGAAAAAACUUGUAAAAUAGAAAUAGAUAAUGAGACAUGGGUUGAUCCUUUGGAUAGUUUCAAAUUUGAAAUCAAGGAAGAACCGAAAAGAGAAAGUUCAUACGAGACCUUUGAUUAUUUAAACGAAUUUCCUGUAAGCACCAAAGUAGAACAAGAUGAACAUAAGUGUACUCUAUUUGAAGAAAAGGAAACAAGUGAAGAAAGUUUAUGCCAAAAUGUGUUUAAAAUGAAAUCCGAAAUAUCUUUGGUAGUACGCACUGGACAGAAGCUUUAUAAGUGCGAAAUUUGUUCUAAGCAAUUUAGACAAGAUGGUGUUUUAAAAAGGCAUUUAAUGAUACACAUUGGAAAAAAGCCUUGUAAGUGUGAAAUUUGUUCUAAGCAAUUUAGUCGAGAUGGAGAUUUGAAAAGACAUUUAAGGAUACACACUGGAGAAAAGCCUUACAAGUGUGAAAUUUGUUCUAAGCAAUUUAGUCGAGAUGGACAUUUGAAAAGCCAUUUAAGGAUACACACUGGAGAAAAGCCUUACAAGUGUGAAAUUUGUUUUAAGCAAUUUAGUAGAGAUGGUGUUUUGAAAAGGCAUUCAAGGAUACACACGGGAGAAAAGCCUUAUAAGUGUGAAAUUUGUUCUAAGCAAUUUAAUGUAGAUGUAAAUUUGAAAAGGCAUUUAAGGAUACACACUGGAGAACAGCCUUAUAAUUGUGAAAUUUGUUCUAAAGAAUUUAGUCAAGAUGGAGAUUUGAAAAGGCAUUUAAGGAUACACACUGGAGAAAAGCCUUACAACUGUGAAAUUUGUUCUAAGCAAUUUAGUCGAGAUGGACAUUUGAAAAGCCAUUUAAGGAUACACACUGGAGAAAAGCCUUACAAGUGUGAAAUUUGUUUUGAGCAAUUUAGUCGAGAUGGUAUUUUGAAAAGGCAUUUAAGGAUACACACGGGAGAAAAGCCUUAUAAGUGUGAAAUUUGUUCUAAGCAAUUUAAUGUAGAUGUAAAUUUGAAAAGGCAUUUAAGGAUACACACUGGAGAACAGCCUUAUAAUUGUGAAAUUUGUUCUAAAGAAUUUAGUCACGAUAGAGAUUUGAAAAGGCAUUUAAGGAUACACACUGGAGAAAAGCCUUACAGGUGUGAAAUUUGUUCUAAGCAAUUUAGUCAAGAUGGAGAUUUGAAAAGGCAUUUAAGGAUACACACUGGAGAAAAGCCUUACAAGUGUGAAAUUUGUUCUAAGCUAUUUAGUCGAGAUGGACAUUUAAAAAGCCAUUUAAGGAUACACACUGGAGAAAAGCCUUACAAGUGUGAAAUUUGUUUUAAGCAAUUUAGUCAAGAUGUAAAUUUGAAAAGGCAUUUAAGGAUACACACUGGAGAAAAGCCUUACAAGUGUGAAAUUUGUUCUAAGCAAUUUAGUCGAGAUGGAGAUUUGAAAAGCCAUUCAAGGAUACACACUGAAGAAAAGCCUUACAAGUGUGAAAUUUGUUCUAAGCAAUUUAGUCGAUAUGGUGUUUUGAAAAGGCAUUUAAGGAUACACACUGGAGAAAAGCCUUAUAAGUGCGAUAUUUGUUUUAUGCGAUUUGGUAAAGAUGGAAUUUUGAAAAAGCAUUUGACAACACACACUAGAGAUUAACCGCUUAACGCACCGAUUUAUUUGCAAAAAUACGUCACAAAAUUAUCGUUUUAUUUUAUUACAGAAAAAUAAACAGGCUAACAAGGCUAUGGUCACUAGAUAAUUUAAAGUAAAAAACGCAUAUCUUAUUGGAAAAAUCAUUGUGUAACUAGACAUUGUAUUGCAAAUCCUUUCUUAAACAAUGGAAAACAUAAAAUAACAAAUACCCUCAUGCGCUCAUCCGAGUUAACUGGGUUAUGCGAAAAUAGAAAUGUAGUUUAAUACCGAGUUAACUUGGGUGACCGCGUUAAGCGGUUAAUAGUUAAAAUAUAAAGUAAUUCUAAAAUAAAUAAUGUGUACACUUAAUUUAUGAAAUUGGUGGUCACUUCAUUAAUCAAUAAAACAAAUAU